UGUGAAUGGCAUAAAAUCUGUACAUAAAGACCUCUUUAACCUUUACCUGGAAGCCAAAUGUCACUCUCAGUGUCAUAAAAUAACAAAACACACUAAACUAAAUCACUCACUAAUAUUUAAAUGAACCCAGCAGGGUUAAUUUCUCAGCAACUCAUCUCUGGGUCAGUUUGAGGUCGUCAUGCGUUUAUCUCUGUAAGGAUCCGUGGCUAAAAGUUGGCCUCAAACCAAGUAUUCCAAUCUCAACAGCUAGUUUCACCAGCUGAUUUCCCCACUGUCAUGACUGAGUUUCCAGCAGAGAGAGGGGGGACAUAUGGGGCAGAUCUGGUUUCUCAUUGACUAUUCCCGUGGUGAAUCGAGCCCUGCUCCACUGAGUGAUCGCUGUUCCCUGCGGCAUCAAUAAUACAGGAGGAAGUUAUUGUCCCUGUGCAGGCCACAGUAUCAUACAGCUAAAGCAAGUGGAGGGAGGGGGUGGUCCUUUCACUGGGCCCUCUAGGGUUUCAGGGCCUGCAGACAGUGGUCUGACUCUGGGGAGCCUCUCCUCUGCCCUCACACAGGCACCGAUUGUAAGUCAGCCUGACCAAGGGAUAAAUGUGUCUAAACAGUGACAGCCUGCACAGUCCUGCCGGCCUGGGCUGGUCGGUAAGACUACACCCCCCAGCAAACCCAGUGUGACCAGAUGAGAUGACUCCCAGCUCAACAGAGAAUUAGUCAGUGGGAGACAUUGGACAGUUAGAGAUCGGGAUAGAUAUCCUGGGUGUGAUUAACAUGAUCCAGAUUUUCAUCUUGUUGAAGUAUCUCGCUGAGUGUUGUGACCUUCCUGUAGCCUCAGGAUGGUCCAAAAUACCAAACUGGGAAAAACAAUACAUUGCACAACCACAUUUAAGCAGUGACCUAUGAGAUUUAGACAUAUGCUUGUUAUAUCCGCCUGCUGUGUUGCAUUAUCUGUACAUUAUCAGUAGAAAACAACCAACUAACGUGAAAUAUGAAGCCAUAAAUCAACCUUAUCCCCAGAGACAAAAAAAAAGCAAGUGGCCCAAACAGCUAAAACAACAGAGCGACAGAGGACAGAGGUGGGAGGGGUGCAGAAGGAGAGUGAAAGGUAGAGAAAGUCAAAGCGAUGGUGAAAUAGAGAGUGCCACUCAGAAGGAGGUCAGCACACUGUGUGUUGACACCGCUAAGUUUAAGGAGAUGCUGGCAAACGCUCAGGAGGAUAGUUAAGGACAUGAAUGGAUCGUAACCGCUGGAAAAACAUCCCAAAGAAAAAGAUGUGACACCAUUGUGUCACUGUGCACGCUGGCAUGAGAUGAAGAUGGCAGAGAAAGGGUCAGGGAUGGCCACUCUUAGCUUUACAAGCAUCAUAGUUUGUGCAGUUUUACUUGGACAAGGAGCCCCUGAGAAGACCGGAGGUAGUAAAGAGGACCAGAGAGAAGCCAUUCUGAGGGAGAUCAUUUCAAAAUGGAGUAAAGGAAGUGGUCAGAAUCCACAGAAACCUCCUCCAGAAACAAACAAGGAGCAGUCUGUACACACUUGGGUGAGGAAUAUCGUUGGGAGCUUAAAAACACUCGGUCUGCUUCCUACCAAGAGCCUGCCUUCACUCAACAAGCCGAUUGACAAACACCGCCUCUCCGGCUUCCUCUACAACAUCUCCCUGUACCUCCAAGAGAUGGGUGCUGAGCUGGAGGAGCUGCCAGCAGAGCCCGACGAGGAGCAGCUGUGGGAGAAGGUGCUGCACUACUUUCUCCAGUCUGAAGGGACGCUGAACCAGUGGAAUGGCCGGGUGCCGCCCAGGCCCAGUGUCAGGGUACAGGACUGGUUUCUGUCCCUGAGAGGCAGCCCUCACUGGGACUGGCUGCUGGGGCUGCUGCAGAGUCUCAUCAGUCUGUCAGAGCGUCAGCCUCACAGGCCCCUCUUGAGUUUCUUAUCUCAGAACUGGAGGACAGUGAGCGCUGUGCUGGAGGCUGCCCUUCAGGCUCUGGUCAGUGGGACGUAUGGCCAGGCCAGCGCAGGCCUGCAGGGCUUCAUCUGUGCUCUGAAGGGUCGCAGUGACUGUGCCUUCAGUGUUAGCUGGCUUCAGCAGCUGCUGCAGUUUCUAGAAACACGCAACUGGAAGCCCGUGGUCAGUUUACACCCAGCAGGAGAAGCUGCUGAACACAUUAAAGGCACGGGCGCAUAUGGACGUCUGAAGCCCUUCAGUUUGCCUCCUGAGGCCAUGAGGCAGGAUGGGUUGUCUGGGAAUGCAUCUGUGGAAGACAUGAUGGCCACAGAGGAUGAACCAGACUCCAUGCAAAGCUUACUGCUGCAGGCGUUGUCACGUUCAGGUGGAGGAGAGCGAGGAGGCCAUUUAGCUCAGAAAAAUGUAGCUCUCGUGCAGAGUUUGGACGGGCUGAGGACGGGCCUUCUGCACAGAGUGGGGAGUUCUGUCUACGGUAACCUGAGGAAGAAAGUGUCCCGAGUUACCAUGGCGCUGCUUGAUGAUGUCAGCAGCCUCGUGGAGGUGCCACAUCUCAACCUUCAGGGCCGGUGCUCAGUAGGUGACCUGAGACAGCUGAUCUUAUGGGGGAUACGCAAUAAUGUGAUGUGGAACACUCAGGCUUUGGGCAUCAGCUCCCAGGGCCUCCCAAGUUCACUCCCAUUCCUUUCCUGUCCACCCAAUGAAAGAGAUGAGUUGAGAUCACGACAAACAACAGCUCAGGCCUCUUCUAAAACAGCUUCUUCUUCAGAAACAAUCUCCAAACAAAAACGCCUUCAUGAACCCUCCACCACAUCUCACAGCCAGCUCAGACACUCACAAGCAGAGAAGAGAGAAAGUAACAACUAUCUGAAAGAGAUGGAGUUCUCCACCUCCACAGAAAUCCUGGAGGCAGCGUGUAAUGAAUCCAUCCCAGGCCUGACAGGCGUCUCUAACUUCACCGUAUUCCUCUACUGUAAACUGUUUGAAGGGGAGAAUGGUUCAGUUAAUCCAGCAAUCGCUCAGAUGGGGCUCGACCUGCAUGCUACAUGCUCCGAUGCAGCUUGGUACCUGUCUGCUGCUGAGGAGGACUUCCUUUGGGUUCACGUCUGCAGUGAGUUCUUUGCUCAUGAAUUUAACAACACGGUGUGUGCCAACUCCUCUUUUUGGCUGCAGAGAGCACAUCAGGCUGCACUGACAAGGGAUUAUAGUUUUUUUAACCAAACAAGUAUAGAUGACCUGUGUGUGCAGGUCUCAGGUGAUGCAAUAGGGAGUCCAGGGCUCAAUGACAACUGUCUGGCUCAGCUGAACAGCAGGUCACUCAGUGCCCAGGCUUUCAGACACUGUUUCCUGCCCAACAACUCAGUCCUGACCUCAGCUCUGUGUGGCAGAAACUCCUCUGACUCACACCAGACUUUGCCAGAAGGCAGCUGGGCCGCAGCAUACUGCUCCAAGAUGCACAACUUCUCCCAUGAGGACGCCCCUGUGGAGACGUGUCGGUACACGGAGUGGACCGUGCAUCAUUUCACCAACUCCACUGUCCUGGAGCUCUGCGGACAGACACAUGGACUGAGAGAGUACAUCUGUUUGAACGCCACACUCUACCAUCAGCUGUUAAGAUUAAAGCCUCAGCUCUCUGAUGUCUGUGCUGAUCUGCAGGCAGAACAGGAAGCCAGGAAGUGUUUCCUUCAGAGGUUUUUUGACAUGCUCCCAGCUCCGUAUGAGUUUGACACAUCACAGCUGUGUGUGGACCCGGCCCCGCUGCUGGCAGACGUUGUGCACAAGCUGAGUGUGUGUGAGGUCGAGGGAGGAGAGCGUGAGGGGUUUUUAGUAGCUCUGGGAUAUGUGCUGCGAGUAUUGGACUUCAUGGUAGGCCUCUCUUCAGGGCUGGAUGAAGGGGAAAAAGAGGCGAGACAAGGUCUGGGUCAGGCCAUCCUCCUCUCCAGCCUCCUUGACAACACGUCCUGGUCCACGCUGCAGCCAGAGGCGUCCAUGAGCGUCCUCCACACAGUGGGAGUCUUCCUGCGCAGAGAGCAGAACGCCACUCUGAAAGAGGACCUGCUGAGCUGCUUCAGUCCUGUCCUUUGGGACCUCAUCCAGCGGGAUGACAACUCAUCUGCACUCAGGGUUCUGCUGCAGGAGUACCUCCAGAUGCCCAGAGACAGCAUUCGUACUCUGGUGAUGUCUGCUGAAAAAGAUGCAGUCAAGAGAUUUCUCUCCCAUAUGCAUCAAAGUUGGGACCAGCUUCAAGUUGAAACCAGUCAGGCCUCUCAAAAGGAGUUGCAGGCCAUGGAAACAAUGACCGCUGCUUUCAUCCAUAAGUUCCCCCGAGUGACCCCAGAGCUGUUUGUGGAUCUUUCUCAGUUCAUCCCCUUCAUGUCCGUCUCCGACAUCAUGAGCUUUCCUGCCUCACUGAUUGUUAACGACAGCGUGCUGACAGCCAUUCGUGACCACAGCUCAGGGAUGAAGUCACAGCAGAAGAAAGCUUUUGUAAAAAGACUCCUGCAGUCGAGUGUGGUGGGGGAUGUCCCAACGUGGCCACCGUACUUUCUCAGCUCCAUCCUCCCACUUCUGCCUUACCUUCCAAUCAGUCACUUUCAGCAACUGACAUCACAGCAGCUUGCUCCUCUGGUGGAGUUGCUAGGCAACGGCAGUCUGGAUGGUGUAAGGGGGCGCCAUGUGCUUCGGACCCUCUUCAGUAAAAAGAAGAAUCUAACCGGGGAUAACAUAAUGAGAUUAGGAGUCCUUGCAUGCUACCUGGAUCCAUCAGAUUUGGGUUCGUAUCUGGAGGACUCGGCCGUGUCCUCUGAUCUGUGGCUGCAGCUGUCUCAGUGCAUGUCCAAGGGGUUCGUCAGUGCCACUGGCAGGUUGUCCUCCUGGUUGAUUCCUGCAGUUCAGAGCCUGAAUGUCAGCAGCAUGAAUUCUCCAGAGCUGUCUGCUCUCAGCGGGUUAAUGCCACAGUUAGGAGCUUCCUUCCUCAUGUCUCUCCCUUCACAACAACUCCUGGAAGUCCUGUCACAACCAGGAUUACGCAGAUAUUCCCCGGCACAGGCAUUUCAAAUGUUAUCCAAGAUUUCAAAAGACACCAACCUCACCCUGGAAAAACUGUGCCGACUGAAGCCGUUACACUUUGGUCUCUCCCCUGCUGUGCUCAGAGACCUCCAGUGGCCUGAGAUCAGUGAAGCUGCCCACUGUCGGUGCUGGAGAAUGCUGCUAACUGAGCUUAAGCCUGGCCAUAGAGCCAUGCUAUACAAUGCAGUGCAGGAGGCUCUUCACAGAGAAAUGAAGAACAUCACUCAGCAGGUAAACUGUCUUUUACCAUUUGUCCCUCUGAGGAAGCUGAUACAGGUGAUGAAUGGAGAAACCGUUUUGAGAGGCAUCAGCAUGUACAGAGACAUAAACUGGUCACCGCAGCAGGCUCAGCUGCUGUUCAGCAAGAUCCAGGGAUUUCAAAAUAUUACCAGCAAGUCAGUGAAAUCUUUGGGUCAGAUUGCUGGUGGAAUGAGCUGUGACUUUUUGAGGCUUUGGAUCAAUGAGACAGAUUUUGCAGAACUGCUUCAGUUUGUCAGUGAGCUGCCUGGAGGUACAAGACCUGCUCUGCGAAAAUGUAUUGUGGAGGAACUGAGGAAGCAGCCUGACCUCGACCUCAACACCUUGAGUUCUGGAUUUGCUGCAGCACUACCAGUGACAAUGUUAGAGAACCUCUCUAAUGCAUCCAUCAGAGCCAUUCUGGACCACAUUCAAACGCACUUUGCUGAUUUCCUCAAACUGCCGCAUUAUAAACAGACAAAUUUAGCUGAGAAGGCUGUAACUGAGCUGGGCUCUUCUUCGGCUGAGGGGGUGAUUGAUGGCACCACUCUGGACAUCCUGGGGCCUUUGCUGCCUUUCUUGGACCGGGACAGUUUGGCUCUAGUGGACAGAAGAGCUCUGACUCUGCGGCUGGAGGAGAUAAGAAGUUUCUGUGUCCCUAAAGAGGCUCUGAGGGAUAUUAGUGCUCUGCUCACUCAGAGAGACCUGCUCGGAGAUCCAUCGAAAUGGCAAACUGGGAAUGUUGAACAUUUGGGUAGGCUGGUGUUUGCUCUUUCAACAAAGCAGAUUAACUCCAUUCCACUGACGGUGUUGAACAAGGACAUAGUGGAGCAGGUCCUGGUGGGUCAAAAGCGGUGGGAGGACAGCGUGGUUGGUAGAGUCUGUGUUAGUCAGUGUGUGGACCAGCAUCGCCUCAGACAGCAGACUCAGAGUCUCAUUCGAGGGAUUGUCAAAGCACGAAGCAGGAGAGCAAAAGUGCCAGUUCCAAGCUGUGCAGACAUUAGAGGGACGUUUCCUUCAGCUUGGACACCCACUCAGCUCAACCGUAUGUCACAGGAGGAGCUGAAAAUGUGUGUUGAAGUUUUUGGUGGGGAUUCUUCACUGAGCUCCGAACAGCGCCGGUCGCUAUGGGUGAAACUCAAGCAGUCCUUCAGCCCGGUGAGGGAGCUGAGAGCUGAUCAGGUGUUGAUGCUGGGCUCAGUGGUGACUGAGAUGGGAGAGAGAGAGCUGCAGGACGCCAACCUCACCGAUCCAGGUGUGUUGGCUCAUCUGGGCACGCUGACAGACUGGACCCCGAAAAAGAUGAGAGCAGUGAUUUUAAGCGUGAUGCGGAAACGCAAACUGAAAGUGGAGCAGUUAACGGUUGUUGAUCUGGCGUAUUUUGGCCAUCUGAUCUGUGGUCUGUAUCCCUCUGAGAUCAAAAGAUUAAGCUCCUACAACCUGAGUAUGGCCGUCCUGUUCCUGCGGGACACGUCCCUGCCAUGCACAGAACAGCAGAUGGAGGCGUUGACAAGCUGUUUGUCCAGACCGGAGGCCUUUGGUCCAGUUAGUGCUUGGGGACCAGAAGUUUUCACUGAAAUUGGGACAUUGGCAGCGGGCCUGCCCGACUUGGUGCUGUCAGCUCUGCUACAAGAACAAGUGGAGGGAAUCACCCCUGAAGCUGUUGCUUUGAUACAACCCAAGAAGAUGGCAGUGGUGUUUAGUGCAGUUCAGUUGUCGUGGUUGAGUGCGGAGCAGGUGUGGGCCGUCACUGACGAGCAGUGGGCAGAGCUGGACACCGAACAGAGACAUGCUGUUGGACUGGCUCGCUAUGAAGGAGACGUCCUGCUGGAGCUGAGAGGUAGAAACUCAGCUCCAGCAGCCCUGAACACAGGCAGCCUCACUUUAUGUUCACUGGCUCUGUGCCUCUCGUUAUGGCAACUAAUUUAAAAUGCUGGAACAGCAUUUAAUUGUCCCUUUGACCUCCCUUGGUAUCAGAUUUGUACUUCAAAUAAAUAUUUUAAACUGUA